AUGGCCACAGCGAUUCAGACUGAGGUCGAGGAUGCAUGGCAUCCCCUCUUCAAUCCCUACACACGAACUAUCACCGUUGACGACAGCUUUCCCACCAAUCGCUUCAAGCUCUUUCUAAGUCGACCACUGUAUGCACCAUUGUUAUUUCCGAAUGUGUCUUCUGAUGCCCGGGACCACUGUGCCAAUGAGCGUACUUUUCUAUCCUGGCUCCGAUUAUCCGUUUACUUAGCUGUCGUCUCGGUCGCGAUCUUGAUCAAUUUUCAUCUCAAGUCUCAGCCUACCGACCUUGAGGUGCGUCUGUCUCAUCCGCUGGGGCUCAUAUUUUGGCUUCUGGCACUGGCUUGCCUCGCCACAGGAUGUGGCAUUUACAUGGGCACAGUUGUCAAGUAUGCCCACCGAAGAGCAUUAGUGCAAAGCGGUGUGAAAACGCAAUUUGUCUUUGGCGUCACUGCAACGGCGAUUAUUGCUGCAUGUGCCAUAUUUCUGGGCGCAGAGGUUCAGGCACAACGAGGCCGCAAUGGCGAUGGCUGA